AUGAUAGGUCACCCCAUACCUCGAGCAAAAGAAGCAAAGAAUCCUCGUCCAGGUCGAACAGUUACGGGAACACCCACCCUACCCGGGAGCAAAGGGCACAGCAGGGUCCAAGGACACCACCACCACCCCGGUAUGAGGGAUGAGAUACCGGGACCACCCCCAAGGAAGUUCCCGAAGAGCAAACUUACCCAGCAGGAUACCGGAAAAUUCUGCACUUACCACAAGGAUGCCGGACACAAUACCAAUCUGUGUGUUGCUUUAAAAAAUACCAUCGAGUCCUUCAUCCAGAGGGGCAAGCUCCAACGAUACCUACCUGCUAAGGAGAUAGGAGCGGUCGACGUGUAUGGCCAGAUAUUCACGAUCCACGGUGGGGGUCCGAAAGAGUCGCCCGCCCAGGGGAAGAAACGAAAUUCUAGUUUCGGCCGUCUAGAAGUUUUCAACUUCCACAAAGCCCUGCAGCAAAACAGUGGCACUAAGUGGACAUCGGUGACAUUCCUGCAGGAGGAGGAAGCCGAUCUGAGGAUGCCCCAUGAUGAUCCCUUCCUAAUCACACUCCAAAUGGACCACUACAUAAUGUCUAGGGUGCUCAUAGACACCGGGGCCUCGGUUAGCGUAUUAUUUCGCGAUGCAUACAAAGCUUUGAACAGAGGAAGAGACAAACUAUCACAGGAUAAUGAGCCCCUCAUUAGUUUUUCAGCAGACAUCGUCCAACCACUCGGAUCAGAUUACCUAUCGAUCACGAUAGGUGAAAGUCCAAAUUGUUCGACCAUCAAAACAGAGUUCAUCAUAGUGGACUGCGUCUCGUCCUAUAAUGCUAUCCUGGGCCGACCGGCACUUUGGCGUCUGAAAACCUUCAUAGCAGGUCACAUGUUGAUGAUGAAAGUACCAACCCCGGCCGGCACGGCUACGAUCCGGGGUGAUCAGGCCGCUGCAAGGAAAUGCUAUUCUCUAACUGUAUCCCGCAGUAAGGGAAAGUCUGAAAUGUUGCACGUAGCUACUAACCCUCUGUUGGACAGAUACGAGGAUCCCAGGGCCGAUACCGACCUGGACGAAGAACGGCCCGGUGCCGUAGAAGACAUUGAAGAGGUGGUGCUGUCAGAGCAGUUCCCGGACAGAACUGUUAGGAUUGGUACAAGGUUGUCUCCGGCUGUCAGGGAAGGAUUAAUCUCAUUUCUCCGCUCUAACACAUCCUUGUUCGCUUGGUCCUAUGAGGACAUGCCCGGGAUACUGCCAGAAGUAGCCACGCACAAUCUUAGUAUCGUUCCUUACUCCACACCUGUAAGACAAAAGCGAAGGGCCUUCACACACGAUAAGUACCGAGCUAUCCAGGUUGAGGUAAAGAAGCUGAUCUCCAUCAACUUUGUCAGGGAAGUAACAUACCCCCGAUGGUUAGCCAACGUGGUAUUGGUACCAAAGAAAUCCGCGGGAACAUGGCGCACGUGUGUCGACUACACAAACCUCAAUCGGGCAUGCCCUAAAGAUAGCUUCCCGCUCCCGCGAAUCGAUCAAUUGAUCGACUCCACCGCUGGGUACCGGUUACUCAGCUUCAUGGAUGCGUUUAGCGGGUACAACCAGAUCCGAAUGAACCUGGCAGACGAGGAGCACACUGCCUUCACUACAAACAAAGGUCUCUAUUGCUACCAGGUAUACGUGGACGACAUGCUGGUAAAAAGUCUAACUCUGGAGGAUCAUGUAGCCAACUUGUCAAUCGUCUUCACCAUCAUAUUGCGCAACGGGAUGCGGCUUAACCCACAGAAGUGCAUCUUCGGGGUCGAGGCCGGAAAGUUCCUCGGGUACAUCAUCAGCCACAAGGGAAUUGAGGCCAAUCCAGAGAAAGUGCAGGCUAUAAUAGACAUGGUAUCCCCAACCUACCGGAACGAGGUCCAAUCUCUUGUAGGCAAAGUGGCAGCCCUGUCAAGAUUCAUCUCCAGGCUGACGGACAAGUGUACUCCGUUCUUCAAACUGCUAAAAACCCAACACGUUGAGGUGAUAGCCUGGACAGUGGAGCACGAGGCUGCUUUCCUUUGCUUGAAGUCGUACCUAUCACAGGUACCUCUACUCUACAAACCUGUUCCUGGAGAAAUGCUCUAUGUAUAUCUGGCAGCAUCGGCAACUGCUGUGAGUUCAGUCCUGAUUAGGAAGGACUCCGAUUGCGAGUACCCAGUGUACUACGCCGGGAAAGGUUACACUGGUGCAGAGUCCAAGUACCCGGACAUUGAAAGAGUAGCACUGGACCUCCUGGUAUCAGCCCGGAAGCUCAGACAUUACUUCCAAGCACAUUCUAUCACCGUUUUCACUAAUCACCCAUUGAGGCAGGUUUUGCAGAAACCAGAGACAUCGGGCAGGUUAAUUAAAUGGGCCAUCGAGCUUGGGGAAUUCGAUAUCAAGUACCUGCCCCGGACAGCCAUUAAAGGCCAGGCAGCGGCCGAUUUUAUUUCCGAAUCAAUCCCUUCCCAUGACCCAAACAAGGAACCACCUGAACCGCUAGCCUCGGAUCCACCUCCGCCAAGCAUUUGGAGAUUAUACGUGGAAGGAUCAUCCAACAAGAAAACUAGCGGAGCCGGCAUCCUACUAAUUAGCCCGGACGAGCAAGUCUACGAGUACGCCCUCAAAUUUGCCUUCAAAGCAUCCAAUAAUACCGCAGAAUACGAGGCACUCAUAGCCGGUCUGCAGAUCUCCCGGGAACUAGGGGUCCAACACCUCCAUAUCUUCAGUGAUUCCCAGUUGGUCGUAAACCAGGUCAGCGGUAACUUCGAGGCAAAGGAGCCCCACAUAUCCUCCUACCAGGCCUUGGCCCGGGCUUUAGUUCAGAGGUUCACCUCCUACAUUUUUACCCAAAUACCGAGGGCAGAAAACGACAAGGCAAACGCUCUUGCUAAGCUCGCAUCAACUUCUCCAAACCCUACCUAUGGGACCACUAAAGUCGAAAUACUCGCGGGAACUAGCACUUCCAAAACGGUGUCAGAAAUAUUUUCGGUGGAUCACAAAGCUUCAUGGAUGGACCCAAUUUUGAAAUACAUGGUUGAUGGCCUAGCACCGGAUGAUAAGGUCGAGGCCAGAAGACUACAGCUAAGAUCAGCUCGAUACACGAUCAUGAAUGGCAAACUCUAA